UUACCACCUAACACAUCAUACAUCAUCAAGGAUUAAAAUAUACUUAUUUGGGGCUGAUCUAAUUAAUUAUCCUAUAGAAAAAUGCAUGAGACAAACAAACAAAUACAUACACACACUCAUGAGCACUUGGCCAAAGCAGGUAAGACUGCAUUUAAAUACUCCUUCAAUAGGCUUCACUCGUCUCUUUCUAAGGAUGUUUACCGCUGUUCUCUUCCUCUACGUUUCUCUCUCUCAGUUGCAGGCUCAUGUUGAUAAGAGAGGAACAGACAAAAUGCAGAUAAUGAGAAUGAUUAUAUCAUUAUUGUAUUGAUUAAGCAUGGAUGCAAGUCCUUGUUUCUGUCUGCUACUAAUAAACAUUUAUUAUAUAUAUAUAUAUAUAUAUAUAUAUAUAUAUAUGAGAAUAACGCUCCCCUAUAUAAGAUGAGACCCAAUUACCUAGUAGCUAGCCAAAAAGCAUGCAAAAUAUCAUAAUGCAGUCCAACUUUGUUGAGGAUUUCGGAGAGGAAAACCACUUCCAACCUCACAGCCCUACCGACACAGCCGGCGACGUCUCCAACUCUCGCCCCCUCAGUACGUCGUCGUCCAAGAAGAAACGCAAUCUCCCUGGAAAUCCAGGCAAGUCUGCACCUCAUUCUGGAUUUACUUCAAACAUUACUAUAUCCAAAACAUUGUACCUAAUUUACAUAAACUUAAACAACAACCACUAAGGAGUAGGAGGGGCUGAAGCCCCCAUCAAUGUUUUUUUUUGUAGAUCCUGAUGCAGAAGUGGUGGCCUUAUCACCGAGAACUCUAAUGGCGACGAACCGGUACAUUUGCGAAGUGUGCCACAAAGGAUUCCAACGAGAUCAGAAUCUGCAGCUGCACAGGAGAGGCCACAACCUGCCAUGGAAGCUGAAGCAGAGGCCUGCCACACAAGCCAAGAAGCGGGUCUACGUCUGCCCGGAGCCCAACUGUGUGCACCACAACCCUGCCCGCGCCCUUGGCGACCUCACUGGCAUCAAGAAGCACUACUGCAGGAAGCACGGAGACAAGAAGUGGAAGUGUGACAAGUGCUCCAAGCGCUACGCUGUCCAGUCCGACUGGAAGGCGCAUGCCAAGAUCUGUGGCACCCGCGAGUACCGCUGCGACUGUGGCACCAUCUUCUCACGGAAGGACAGUUUCGUGACUCACAGAGCGUUCUGCGACGCUUUGAACGAGGAGAAUUAUAUGGCGAAGCAUAACGCUGGUGAAGCAAUGGUGCAAAACCAUGCUGAAGAAGUCAUGUCUGCUUCUGCAGAUUUAUCAUGUCAUGAACCAUUGUCAUUGAGCACGCAUGGGAUGAUGAUGGCCGGCAGUUUCAAUCCAUUUUACAGUCCAAGAACUCUAAAAGCGGCCGCCAUUGGGGGACUGAGUAGUCCCCCUUUAGCAGCAAACUCUUCUUACACAUCAGCAACUGCGUUGCUGCAGAGGGCUGCACAAAUGGGCUCAAAAACCAGUGACGGUACUUCUCUGUCUCCAACUCUUCUUAGAGGAUUCACAGGCUACCUCACUCAAACUCGAAACAUCGCAGACAAGGGCUCUUCUGAGGCUGGUUUCAAUGCAGCCGCGCCCCUAAUAUCCACUGCUUCGAGUGGAAUGCUUAGAGGUGAUGUUGCAGAGAUGGGCUUAUAUGAUCUUUCGGUGUUUAUGGGUUCAUCAGGCGGCGGCCAUUCCACCGGGCUAGUUCUCCAGGAGCAAGAGAAGAUGACUGUUGAUUUCUUGGGAGUGGCACCUCCAACUUUUUCGGGUGCAACAGAGUAUGAGGAUGAAAGGCAGUGCUUAGAGGAUGUGCAUUCCCAAUGGUAGUUUGAUCAGGAAAGACGACAUAAAAAAUGAUACUCCUAUAAUAUCACAAUGAAAAUUCAUGUCCAUAAAAAGUCGGGAAUCCUAAUCAAUAUAAUCAAUGUCUCACCCUAAUUCUAGCAAUACAAGAACACGAUAAUGAUGAAUGAUGUAGCCUAUGUUCUAGUACUUCCUAACACAACAAACUUCAA